CUCUCUCUCUCUCUCUCUGUCACACACACCCGGUAGUCUGGUGACACGGACGGUUUAGUCGAGAUGGCGACCUCCCAGAAGCUGACCGAACACUUCCUGACGUGUACAAUAUGUACAGAGGUGUUCGUCAAUCCCUGUACACUUGUGUGUUAUCACACUUUCUGUCGGAAAUGUGUAAUCAACUUCACCAAAACCAGACCAGAAGCCAUCAAUGCCAAGUCGCUCAUCUGCCCUUUCUGCAGCAAGAUGACGAAGGUCUCUGACCCUGAGAAACCAGUGGAGGAAUGGGCAGAUGACGUCAAGCCAAGCUUUGUCAUGCAGGGACUUUUGGACUCGUUUGGUCCGGAAUCAAAGGAUUCAAACUUUUGCGCAUUCUGUAAAGAGGGACGGGAGACAACUCCAGCUGUUGUUUGGUGUUCUGUCUGUGAUGACGCACUAUGUGAGAAAUGUGUCAGAGUGCACAAUCGCAUCCCAGCUACACGUCACCAUGACGUCACUGAACUGUGUGGGGAGGUCAGGGUCAAAAGAAAGCGAAAUGUCAUGUGCAAGGAACACAAGCAGGAAUGCGUGGAGUUUCUGUGUGAGGAUUGCGAGAAGAUGGUUUGUUACAAAUGUUGCAUCAUUUAUCACAGGAAGUGUGAUUCCUUUGUCACAAUCGAGUCACAGAUCGAGACCAUGAGAAGUGAACUCAAGAAGAAGAAAGAGGCGUUAUCAAAGAAGCAAGAAGACACGAAAUACAAAACUGAUGAACUGAAAUCGUCAUUAAAUAGAGAAAUGUCUAGAUACGCACGAAUGGAAGAAAACAUAAUGUCUGUAACACAGGAAGCCAUUCAACAGAUCACGUUUAAGAGAAAGCAACUUCUGGAUAAUCUCAAAGAGAUGUCAGACAUCCACAUCGGACAACUGAAAGCAAGUGUAAAAUCAAGAGAGUUUUCAUUACAGAUGUACCAACAACAGACUGAGCUGAUAGACCAGGCUCUACAAUCUGAAUGUGACAUGGAUGUGUAUGAGAUGUAUCAGGGCUGUGAGGCUGGUGGUGUGGAGGCUGUUGGGGACGCAGAGGAUGGAAUAAUGGUCAGGGUCACAUUCAGACAUGACAUUGAGAAGCUGAGUAAAGCGCUGGGGGAUCUACAGCUGGGUGCGAUAGACGUCCUGCGUGAUGGCGAUGUGGACCUAAUGGCUGAUCCAGUGCUACAAGACACCAUUACAGUCAGAAUAGCAGGAGAACGACGUGCAGCACGGAUGACUGACUUGGCCGUGAUGAUGGUGGAUGGUACAGAAACAGUUGUACUCACAGACUGCGAGAACACCAGUGUGAAGUCUUUCUACACCAGGAACAAUCAACCUUGUCACAGCAGGCUAUGUCUGAGGAAUUGUCCGGAAAGUUUGACAAGGCUGACGUACAACCAGGUGGCUGUAACAGUUCCAGCUAAAAACCAGAUUGUAACAGUAGGUGUCAACCCGGAUCUGGAACUGCUGUCAACCAUCACUACCAGUAAACAGUACUGGGGUAUAACAUUUCUGAACCCGUCAACACUCGCAGCAAGCUCUCCGUCUCCUCCCCUGUGUCGAUAUCCUGGAUAUGACAGGAGACGUGCUGAAGUCAAUCAGCACAUACAAGAGUGGUACCAAGGUCUUUCCGGAUCCCUCCUACCUUUGUAGCACAAGGACAGGGCACAUCCUGGUGUCUGACUGGGGAUCUAAAUCUGUCGUGUGUCUGACCCCCGAGGGUGAGACUGUUUUCCACUACAGACCUACAGGAG